CGCGGGAUGUUGAUGCUGGAGUGAAUGCAGGACGUGGGAUACUGAUGCUGAUGCUGGGGGGACCCGCACGAUGAUGGAGCGGCGACGUCGCUGAAAAGGAUGCCGUAAAUGCCCUUGUCAGUCGGCAAGGGGGCAGAUUUCACAGUGCAUCACGCCCCUCCUACAGACGCUGUGCUCUUGGUUUAGUAAUCCCUUAGGAGAUGUACGGCAGCGCGCGUGCCGUCAGCCACAUCGAGGGCAGCCCAGCGCGCUCCCCACGGCUGCCCCGUUCCCCGAGGCUCGGCCACCGUCGGGCCAACACCGGAAGUUCGAGUGGAAAGACAUUAUCUAUGGAGAACAUCCAGUCCCUCAAUGCUGCCUACGCUACGUCCGGCCCUAUGUACUUGAGCGACCAUGAAGGCGUAGGAUACACAGCUACUUACCCUAAAGGCACCAUGACGCUCGGUCGGGCCGCGAGCCGUGCGAUGUACGGCGGCCGGGUCACCGCCAUGGGUAGCACCCCCAAUAUCGCCACUGCCGGGCUUCCACACGCCGACUUGUUGUCCUAUGGCGAUUUGGGCUCGCUGUCUAUGCUCCACCACCAGGGGACGCCGUCUGCCCUGCUGCGACAAGCGGUCAGGGGUGGUGGGGGUGAACUUUUAGAGAUGCAGGCACAGCUCCGGGACAUGCAGAGAGAAAAUGAACUCCUUCGCAGAGAACUAGAUCUGAAAGACAGCAAGCUGGGCUCCUCAACCAACAGCAUCAAGAGCUUCUGGAGCCCAGAGCUGAAGAAAGAACGGGUGAUGAGAAAAGAGGAGGCGGCGCGCACCUCCAUACUGAAGGAGCAGAUGCGAGUGACCCACGAGGAGAAUCAGCACCUGAUGGACGCCAGGAGAACAAAGCAUCUCCAGCUGACCAUCCAGGCUCUGCAGGAUGAGCUUCGAACCCAACGCGACCUCAAUCAUCUCCUCCAACAGGAGAGCGGGUCACGGGCCGGCCCUGGCGAGCACUUCACCACCAUCGAGCUGACGGAGGAGAACUUUCGUAGGCUCCAAGCCGAACACGACCGGCAGGCCAAGGAGCUCUUCCUGUUGAGAAAGACCUUGGAAGAGAUGGAGCUGAGGAUCGAGACGCAGAAGCAGACGUUGGGAGCCAGAGAUGAGUCCAUUAAGAAGCUGUUGGAGAUGUUACAGAGUAAAGGUCUGCCGCCAGCAUCAGGGAGGGCUUCAGAUGAGGAGGAACAGGAGAGAGCCAGACGCAUCGCAGAGGCUGAAGCUCAGCUGGGCCAUCUAGAGGUGAUAUUAGACCAGAAGGAGAAGGAAAACCUUCAUCUGAGAGAGGAGCUUCACAGAAGGAACCAGCUUCAUCCAGACCCUGGCAAAACUAAAGCCCUUCAGACUAUCAUAGAGAUGAAGGACACCAAAAUCGCAUCCCUGGAGCGCAACAUUCGGGACCUGGAGGAUGAGAUUCAUAUGUUGAAGGCGAAUGGAUUGCUGAACACUGAGGAUAGAGAGGAGGAGAUCAAACAGAUGGAGGUCUACAAGAACCACUCUAAGUUCAUGAAGUCCAAGAUUGACCAGCUAAAACAGGAACUCUCCAAAAAAGAGUCUGAGCUUUUGGCUCUCCAAACAAAGCUGGAAACUCUGAAUAACCAAAACUCUGACUGUAAACAGCACAUCGAAGUGCUUAAAGAAUCUCUCACUGCCAAAGAGCAACGUGCUGCCAUCUUACAAACUGAGGUGGACGCUCUUAGACUGCGACUGGAGGAGAAAGAGUCGUUCCUCAAUAAGAAGACGAAGCAACUGCAGGAUCUUACAGAAGAGAAGGGGACGCUGGCUGGGGAGAUCAGAGACAUAAAAGACAUGCUGGAGGUCAAAGAACGGAAGAUUAAUGUCCUACAGAAGAAGAUUGAGAACCUUCAAGAACAGCUGAGGGAUAAAGAUAAACAGCUGGGUAAUCUGAAGGACAGAGUGAAGUCACUGCAGACCGACUCCAGCAAUACAGACACUGCCCUCGCUACUUUAGAAGAAGCUCUGUCGGAGAAGGAGCGAAUUAUCGAGCGUCUAAAGGAACAGAGAGAACGAGAGGAUCGCGAGAGGAUGGAAGAGGCGGAGUCAUACAAAAAAGAGAAUAAAGACCUUAAGGAGAAGGUGAACACUUUACAGCUGGAGCUAACAGAGAAAGAGUCUAAUCUCAUAGAUUUAAAAGAGCACGCCUCUUCGCUGGCCUCAUCCGGCCUCAAAAAAGACUCCAAACUCAAGUCCCUCGAGAUCGCCAUCGAGCAGAAGAAAGAGGAAUGCAGUAAACUAGAGACGCAGUUACAAAAGCAGGCAGAGCAGCUGUUCAGUCAGAUGAACAAUCCUAAGGCUCAUGAAGUGGAGGUUCAGCAGAUCUCCCGUGGGAACCCAGAGUACGUGGACCGGCUCAAACUGCUGGAGAAGGAGGUGUCCUUCUACAAAGAGGAAUCCAGCAAAGCCCAGACGGAGGUCGAGAGGUUACUGGAGAUUCUGAGAGAGGUGGAGACCGAGAAAAACGAUAAGGAUAAGAAGAUCGCAGAACUAGAGAGUCUUGCUCCCAGGCAAGGUAAAGAUCAAAAUAAGAAGGGCCCAGGUAUCAAGCUUGGCCCUCAGGUGGACAAGAAGGUCAGUGGAAACAUCUUACAAGACCAACGUAAAGAUAAUCCUAUGGACAAUCCAAAGAUGGAGGAGUUGCUGAACGUUCUGGAGAAAACAAGACAAGAGCUGGACGCCACCAAACAGCGUCUGUCUUCCACCCAGCAGUCUCUGGCUGAGAGAGAUGGACACCUGACUAACCUUAGACUCGAGCGCAGGAAGCAACUCGAUGAGAUCUUGGAAAUGAAACAACAGGCUAUGCUUGCUGCUAUUAGUGAAAAGGAUGCUAACAUUGCUCUGCUGGAGCUGUCCUCCUCCAAUAAGAAGAAAACGCAGGAGGAAGUUAUGGCCCUCAAAAGAGAAAAGGAUAGACUGAUGCAUCAACUCAAACAACAGACACAGAGCAGAAUGAAACUGAUCGCAGACAACUACGAGGACGAUCAUUACCACCCUCACGGUCCGCCUCCACACAUGCAACCUCAACCUCUUCACCCUCAGCCUCAACCCCAGCCCCCCUACCCACAAACCCCACACCAGCCUCCUUACCAACCCCUUCCUCAACACCAACAGCCUCCCCCUCACCACCCACAGCACAUGCAGCAACCCCCGCAGCCUCAAUAUCCCCACCCGCAACACCCCCAGCACCCUCAACCUCAAGGCCCACACCCUCAUCCUCCUAGAGCCCAACAACAGCCUCAUCCAGGGAUGCCUCCACAGCAGCAGCAUCCCCACCCCCAGCACCCUCACGGGCCUCCGCCUCAGCAAGGACCCCAUUCUCAGCCCCUCCCACACCCGCAGCAGCACCCCUCCCAUCACCCUCAACACCCAGGGCAACAGGGUCCGCACACUAGACAUCCUCUUCCGCCGCACCAUCGGGGUCCAGGCCGCGGACCUCCUCAUCCCGGACAUCGACCCGCCCCAGACCAGGACGAUGAAGAAGGAAUUUGGGCAUAACCAUUUCCAAACCAAAGUUAUAAUGUUGUUUUAUGGGACAUUUCAGUCACUAAUGGAGAACUACAGCCAUGUCAUACAGAUGAAUUUAUACAUUGUCCACUCGGCCAGUCUUUACCUACAGUCACGUUCACUUUUUUGGAUGGGGCCCCAUUUAUUUCAAUGCAUUAAGGAAAGAGGCGGAGCAUUAGUUGAUUGAGUGGGAGGGCCAAAGCUGGAGAAGACCACCUGAGCAGAUGAUUAAAAAGCAAAUGGAGAGGAAGUCUGGACUAUAAAAUGAAAACACAGAUACUUCCUGGUGCAAUACUUUAUUCAAAAGACAUUUGCAAUGACUUCAGCAACACUAAACGAGAGACAUGCUGCUCCCCGAAUCCUGGAUGCCACCUGCUACAAUGUCAUGGACCUGGCCACCCCCCUUAUCUUCUCGGCCCCACCCACUCACAUUCAGUUCCACCUCUAAGGCACCAAGUCAGUCAGCACUCAGUUCAAGCCUUGUUUCUGUCGACAGGCCUUUUCACCUGUAUAUUUUGCUUAUUGUAUAAUAUAAAACCAUCCAUUUAUGGUUUCCAGUACAUUUUUGCAGUCACAUUCGCAUUUUAACUCGGGCCUUAGAUUAUUUAUUUGAUAUACAUAUAUGUUUAAGUUUUCGAGAAUGCGUCAUGAAGGUGGAGUUAGGUCAUUGCUGUGCCACAUUCGAUGUCCAUCGUUGGCUUUUUAGUGUAUACUGAACUUUGCAUAAAGGAGAUAGGUGGCAUCUUUAGGAUUAUAUUAUUAGAGCAGAAGUGGUAGUCUUCUCUAUGCAGAGUUCAUUUAAAUAUUCUCGCUUAGUUAAACGCACAAGAUACAUUAUCACGCAAACCACAACAUGCCCAACUCUGAACAGCAAGCCUGGUCUGCAUGUAUGUUAUCAUGCACCUAUGCACCUCCACCCUUUAUAACAGGGAUCGUUUCUAAUGGUGCUUCAAAUGGUGCUCAGACCCAACAGAGAUGGAGACAGCCAUGGCUAAAGUUUGCAGUGAAUUGUGUUUCUAUCAAUCUAAGGACAUCAGCUGAUAAGGCUGUUUGGAUUCGUGUCUGUGGAUCUUAAUGUUAUAAUGCUCCCUGCGUCCAUGCUGUCAUCAUAUGAGACCUGGAAAAGAGGAAAACAAUGAUGUUUCCUACAGUAAGUUACUGUGGUUGCAGGAUGUGGUUUAAUGUUACACAGAUCUAUUAUGUUAUAAAAUGUCCCACAAUCCACCAGAGUUGUGUGCAACUUCAUUACAAUGAAGUUGAAAAGGCCAGUCUGCUCUGUAUAUCCCAUACGGGACUUUCCUUAGCAAGCUACCACACCUGACCCGUGACUUCUCAUAACGUCCAACCUAUUAUCAUGAGAAUUUAUUUAUAUUUUACGAAUUGGCUUAUUGGUAUCAUGUGAAGUGAAUCAUACAAAGAUAUACAAUUAUUGGACGAAAUAAAAAAAAUUAUGCACCACCCCAAACCUAAUUGCACGGGGCGAAAAUGAUUCAUACAAAAACGUACGAAUUUGCCACCUCGUAAAAUACGUAUAAAUUGACAAGAGAUUGUGUUGUCCGUAUCAUGAUGGUGAGUGCCUAUGUAUACAUACAGAUAUAUACUAUAUAUAUAUAGUGAGAGAAAUAAUAGCUACUGCAGUCAGAAAAUUAUAUCAGAAAAGUUUUUAUUGUGCGUGUUGUCUGUUUGGCCUCACCGUGUCUCCUCUGCAAGAUCAUGGCACUGGGGUUUAUGCAAAACUAUAAUUAUUAUAAAAAUAAAUAAAUCAAAUCAAACUUAUAAAGGUCAACAUUUUAGAGACAAUGUAGAAUUAAUAAAAUAAAUUUCGCACUCAGACUCUAGGCCGAAUCUGCAUCGAGUCCGCCCCGAAGUCACCUACUCCGGUGCUGAUCCGGUGCGGAUCUGGCCCGGAGUCGUCUGCUAAAAAAAUCACACGGCAAUGAUAUCUCUAAUCCUGCAGCGCAGUCGAUUGAAACUCGCACUUGAUGGUGUAAUGUUGAGACCAUUUGAGAUGUGUGCAACAAAGUUGAGUUCAACUUGAUGCUAAUGCAAGCACAUGUGGUUUACCGCACCCUGCUAGUUACCGUAAAGUGACUAAAGCCACCUCCAGUGGUUUCAUUCAUGUCUUAAACCGUUCAAGUGGCAGAUUACAUUGAGAUGCUUGUUUUCUCAUUUCACUGGACAAAAUAAUGUCCAAUAUCUGACUGUUAAACAUGUUUGUGCUUCCAUGUUGCGUUUUAUGUUCUUCACAUCGCGUGUCUCUCACGUGUCUCUUCUGGAGUAUCGUCCUUGUGCCGCGUUCACGUAGAUGAACUGUAAAAGCAAAUGCAUCCACGUCAAGAUAUGUAAUUUAUACACAAACUAUUAUUUCGGAGAAUCUUGCAUCAUUAAAGUGAAAUGUGUAGAGGUCAUUACAACGUUUUUAAAUUUGCUGUUUGAAAAAAUAUAAGUGGUUAAAGUCAUUCAGACGUGGACGUAGCCUUAUAUUUCUUUUGCUUUUUAAAUCUCUGUUUCGAUCAUGUGGUUGCUGAUCCGAAAUGUUUCCACUGUGUGUGAAUCCUGCUCCGUCUUUUGGAUGUUUCCGAGUCCUUUCGUGAAUUCAGUUUCAAACACAUUAAGUGUGUUUGAUAUUCUGAUUAUCUGUCUGUCUGUUGUGCAAGUCUGUACUAUUAGUUAAGAGGACAUAAAACAACAAACCUUUCCUUUUAGGAGGCGCAAUUCAGUCCUCCUCUUUCAGGACCUUUUAACUAUUGAAUACUUGAAGUAGGAGGUGAACUCCUGCCUUGGGAAAAGAUAUAUUAUACAGAACAAAGAAAAAAGAGAAACUAUGUGGCAAUGAUGCAUGAAUAUAUCAAUUAUGUGCCAACGUUGGGCUGUGGUAAGACAGGUCUAAUAGAUCUACUGUAUGUGUAGAGGACUUAAUGCAAAAUAAUAAAAAGAUCGGUUAAGUCCAAGUAGGACCGUGACUUACUUUAAAGGGCCUUUGCGGAGGUCCAGAAUAAAGAGAACAACUGUUGUGUGCCAGUUGCAUUUAUUUUAUUUUGUGAUGUCAAAAAAAUGCAAACCUCUGAAUGAUAAAACCACUGUGACAAAAAACAGAGUAAUUCUAAGAAACAUUGUUUUUACUUUUUAUUAAUAUAUUUAUGUUUGUUUUUUUAUGGUUCAUGCUUUUUUGAAUAUGUCAGUUUGGGACUGUAAAAUUUGUACAUGAAGUUUUGUUUUCCUUUAUUUCUGUACAGCUGUGAAAAGUCCAAUGUGUGUCAGCAUGCCGAAUGAUACCGUGUGUGAACGUGGGGUUCGUUUUCCCAUGGUGCAUCAGUCGCUAUAGACGCAUUAUAGCAUCAUGAUGGUGUAAUGUGUUUGAGAAUGGCGCAUCCUCACCGGUGGCCCCGCCCACUGCCAAUGGAUUGCCCGAGAAACAAAAUAAAAGCGUUCGCAUGUUUUUGGGGUGCAGAUAUGAGUGUGAGAUUUGCUUGCGUUAUUGUGUCUGUAUAUGCAUCAUUAGUAGGUUUGUUAAAGGUUGUGAAUGUUGGGUGUGCGGUAAAGUGCAGAAAGUUGGCGGUGCGAGGGCCUCAGAGAACCUUUGAUGAAAUAUCGAGGAGUCAAGUGCGAAAAUCUGUGUCACGUUUGAUGUUUUUGAACCCUUGUUGGGCAGAACCCUCCCUGAUAUUUGCUAUUGUAUGUGUUGUAACCGCCACUAUUCUUGAGUGUGAGUUAGCUUGUUUAUAUCCAUUCAAUAAAAGUGACUUUCUUUUCUGAGAUAUGAGCUCUUGAAAAAAAUAAAAGUUUAUUAGUUGA